AAACAAACCCCUUCGUGCAUGACUCCGUGGACCUUUAACAACUAACGUAAACAGUCACAAUGUUGUCACAAAGCUACAUUUAAUGUCAACAAAAGUAACUCGGUUGGAAAAUAGUGACUCCGUUGAUGAAAACUUAAGAGUUGAGUCCGCUGGGAGUGACUUGGUGUGAUAAUUGCAUGCUGCAUGUCUGAUAACCAUCCAUCGCCUCACUGCACUUCCUCCCAGUUCUGAUGCAUGGCCCCCUCAUUAGUAACGAGUACGUCUCACCGUUCCUUGCAUGUUGUGCUGUGAGAGUGGCAUCAUGAGGAAGAACUGGGAUAACCCUCUGGCACUGUCAUCCAAGAAAACAUGCCAGGGCCAGAAAGACUAUGGACGAGAGCUACAGAGGCUGCGUGCUGUUUGGGAAGCAGAGAAGAAGCACACGCAGCGGGCCCGUGGUGAAAUCUCUGUGGAGCUGAGGCACCUGCGUGAAGGAGCAGAGAGGGAACAGCAGAGGGCUGUGAAGGAACUGUUGCUCAGGCGAGGGUGCAAAAAGGAUUGUCUCGCUAACAACAAGGUGAACAUUAAAGACAGUAGACGUCACACUGAGGUCGAGUCCACAGAUAAAGAGGCGUUUUGUUUGUGUGGUGGAGAAACCUACACAAAGCUACAGCAGUUAUUGCUGACGCUGUAUGAGAAGAUAAAUGGUGAGCAAGCAGUCUAUAAGUUGCAUCACAGGCAGGAAUUUGAGGUAGAAAAGGCGGUCUUCCUCUGCCACCUGCUAGAUGCCCAUGGAAGACUGUUGCAGGGGAGGCAAAGAGCAGGACAGCUCAGCUCCAUUUCUAACAGUCUCUCAAGAUCUCAGGGAGGUGGUACUAACUCCUAUCAGACCAAGCCUCUCCUAACCUGCUCCAGAGCCUUGCCCCAUACUGCCUCCCACUCCCCGAAGAAGAACACCAAACAAGAUCUGAGGGAGCUGCCUUCAGGGAGGGCCGUCUGUGCAGCUGACCCCUGCCCCUCCACUGCAGUCGUGGACACCUGUCAGAGCGGCUCGCUGACUAUUUGUCACCCUCACAGCGCUCCCCAUGCAGGCUGGGACCACCAGCCCCCCUACUGCGCUGAGUCCUCUGGGUCAGAUGAGUCAUCGCCCCUCAAAUGCAUGGACAGAAACAUGGAGAAUGGUACUGACUAUGGGUUCUUGGUGCGUCAGAACUCUGAACUCCUGCGAGCCCUCGAUGAGCUGGAGAAGACUUGUACCACACUGAGGGAGGAGAAUGGCCUGCUGUGGAAGAGCAGCGCCCCAGAGACGGAGGAGAAGGUCAGGCGGCUGAGGAGGAAGAACACUGAGCUGUCUGUGCUCGCUAAGAGGCUGGAAGACAGAGCUCGCAAACUACAGGAGGCCAACCUCAGAGUGGUGAACUCCCCGUCGCUGAUGAGACCCGGGUCAGUGGAACAGUACAAGAGGGCGUUCGCCCGUCAGCGGGCCCGGGACCUGGCCCAGCACGCCGAUGCUCUGCUGUCUAAAGACAAAGAGAUCGCCGCUCUGCAGGAGGAGUGCAGAGAGCUGGAGUCACGGCUGGGCACCACCAAGGGCUCCCCUCUUCCAUCUGGCCGAGUGGAAUUCGAGAGGCUUCUCAGGGAGUCUCAGAGGGAGGUGCUGCGGCUCCAGAGGCAGCUGUCCGUCACAUCAUCUGGGCAGCAGCACGACCACAGUCCCGACCUUGGCGGCCCGGCGAAGUAUGGGAGGAUCCAGGAAGAAGAGGAGGAGGAAGACAAGAAAGAAGAGGAGGAAGAUAAGGUUGUAGGAGAGACCCCAUGUGUGGUGUUAGAUGAAGCUCCAUCCAGGUGUGAGAAGACUCCCGGAGAGGAGGAGGAGUCGGGGCUGCGAGUAACGCCCCAAACGGGCCUUAGCCCGACCCCCUCCCAUCAGGAGGAGCACACAGAGGAGCAGCACCUACAGUUUCUGGAAAGUGAGCUGAGCAAGAAGAGAAAAGAAUGUGAAAACCUUGAGCAUGAAGUAAAGAAGCGACAGAAGAGAUGUCUGGAUUUGGAGAGCCAGCUUGAGGAUGAGCGAGGCAAAAAUGAGCGACUAAAGGAGGAGGCAGAUCUCCUCAGGAGGAAGGCACUGCUGCUCGACCAGACUCGGGCUGAGAAUGAGGAGCUGAGGGAAGAUCUCUCUGAAGUGACCGCUCAACACAAUUCAGUUCUCGAGGAGAACCAGAGACUCCGUGCCAAACUGGAGAACCUAGAGCAGGUCCUAAAGCAUAUGCGUGAGGUCGCCGAGCGAAGGCAGCAGCUGGAAUUGGAACAUGAUCAGGCACUGGCUAUCCUUACGUUCAAACAGGAUGAAAUCAAACGGUUACAGCGGGCUCAGUUAUACGCCAAGAGGGAGCAUGAAGGAGUUGUUCAGAUGCUGGAGGAGUUGACGCAGCUUGUGUUGCGGAGGGAGCUGUCCAAGGUACGAGACCUGGAGGAUAAAUGUCGCAGCCAGAGCGAACAGUUCGGCCUGCUGUCCCAUGAGUUGGAGAAGUUUCGACUACAGGCUUCGAAGGCGGACCUGGCCAGCGCUGGCCUCUUCAACAACGCCAGCCUCUCGGUUCUGACCAACGGGGUGGGCCUGACCUCGGAGCGAGACUGCACUGAUGGCUCAUGGGAUAUGGUGUCUCUGGGCGAGAUAGCCUUCUGGAGUCUCGAGGGAGGUGACACUCUCUCCUGCCCUGAGGAUGUGGCCGCUGCGCUGCGUCUCGGGUCCACCCCCCACGCUGCAGGGCUGUCCAGGGUGGAGCGCUCGCCCGUCACCAAACAUCGAGAGCUGCCCACCAUCAGCGUCAGCAAGUCUUCCUCCAGCAAGUCAGAGCCCACGCACCUCACCCCCAAGUCUGACACACACCUCAGCCCGCACAAAUCAAGCCCAACUCACGAGGUGGACACCGCCAGUGAAGUGGAGGAGCUGGAUAUUGAUGUCGCCCCGGUUCCUUUCACAACCAGCAGAGCAGCGGCAAAACUUCAGGUCUUCAUUGCAAGAUACAGCUAUAAUCCAUAUGACGGCCCCAAUGACAACCCUGAGGUGGAGCUUCCACUCACUGCCGGAGAAUACAUCUACAUGUAUGGAGACAUGGAUGACGAUGGCUUCUAUGAAGGUGAGCUGAUGGACGGACGGAGAGGGCUGGUCCCCUCUAACUUUGUGGAACGCGUAUCGGACGACGACGUCAUGAGCACUCACCACCCAGAGACAGGGGACAUGUUCCAUAACUCCCUGCUAGACAGCAGCCUGCACAGUGCCAGCCACCAGCAUCACCUCCAGAUAGGCAGGACCGCUGCCCCGGCUGCCCCGGCUGCCCCGGCUGCCCCGGCUGCCCCGGCUGCCCCGGCUGCCCCGGCUGCCCCGGCUGCCCCGGCUGCCCCGGCUGCCUCGCCCCCCCCCUCAGCCCCCUCCGAUUCAGCAUCAGCCUUGGCUGUCCCAGCCCCCCUCACCAACGGCCUGGACCUGGACUUGGAGGAGGUGGGAGUGGACGUUGUGCCUUACCCACGUAAGCUUACCCUCAUCAAGCAGCUUGCCAAGAGCAUCAUCAUCGGCUGGGACCCUCCGCUGGUGCCGGCUGGUUGGGGCAAUGUGUGGAGCUACAAUGUGUUUGUGGACCAGGAGCUGCGGCUCAACGUGCCCUUCGGGGCCCAGACCAAAGCAGUGCUGGAGAGGCUGGACAUAAACCUCAAGGCCUACCGCGUGUCAGUGCAGAGCCUGACGGAGAAGGGCCCGUCGGACCAGAUGCGCUGCAGCAUGCUGGUCGGUCGGGACGUGUGUGUGGCGCCCACGCAGCUGCGUGUGGAGAGGAUCACCGCCACCUCUUCCUACCUGUCCUGGCUGCCCAGCAACAGUAACUAUGUGCACAUUGUGUCCUUGAACGAUGAGGAGUGUGAGCUGGUGAAGGCUGGCUGCUGCUCGCUGUGCCUCAAUAACCUCCUGCCCAGCAUGCAGUACAUGGUCAAGGUGGAGGCGCGGCCGCACCGCACGCCAUGGGAGUUACCUGUGGAGCGACGGGAACACAGGAGCGCCACCGUCACCUUCACCACACUGAUGGCAGGUCCCCCUGAUGCUCCUCUGGAUGUCCAGCUGGAGCACGGCCCGUCCCCCGGCAUCGCCCUCAUCAGCUGGCUGCCUGUCACUAUAGAUGCUACCGGGACCUCCAACGGUGUCAGGGUCACUGGAUACACUAUAUAUGCUGACAAGAAGAAGGUGCUGGAGGUGUCUUCCCCCACAGCGGGCAGUGCGCUGCUGGGCCCGUCUCAGAUGCAGUCUCUGCUAGCAGCUCAGGAGCUCACUGUCCGCACCAUGUCCGUCCACGGGGAGUCCUGCGACUCUCUGCCAGUCAAUGUGCCCACCAAGCUGGCUGCCAUCAUGGCAGGACCGGCCCUCCCCGCCCCAGUUAUGCCACCUCAGCCCUGCACCCCUACAGGAGUCAAUAGCCUGUCCUCACCUCCGUCCUAUGGGAACUCUGCUGCCAAAGUCUCCAUGCUGCCAUCAGACUCAUACACCUCUGGCCUCGCAGGGGAGGCUGCUGCCAACCCUUCUUAUGCUCUCCACUCAGAAACUCUUCACUGGUCUGCUUCAUAUGUGAACGCCUGGGCCAACCCCUCCUCUGCUGCUGCCUUUGCUGCGUGUGAGGCCACAUUACCUGCAGCCUCCAACAUUAUGCCAGUGGUGAACGUGAUCUCCCCGACCUCCUCAGCCCCUAGACCACCCCCAGUAGCAGUAGCUGCCCCAGCCCCAGUGAUGGUAGCAGCAGCAGUGGCAGCAGUGUUGGAGCAGCGCAGAGACCCCGACAGCCCUGGGAUCGUCCGUCCUUUCCCAUCCAUCUCAGACUUCAUCGAGGACCCCAGUGCCAGUGCCAAGCUCGGGACCCCUGAGCGCAUCCCUACCCCGCCCAGAGCCCCAAUCACGGACCUCCUUAACCCUCAGGACAUUAACAUCCACCGACCCCCCAGCUCCUCACCGCUGGAGUCCGAGGCGGAGGAGGAUCAGGAGAACACCCGCAAGGUGUCCAUGGAGGAGUUCCUGAGACACGAUCCAGAGCCGACAUACAGCAGGGACCAGCAGAGUUACAGCAGAGGGCUUGUGGAGCCUCCCAGUGACUACCUCGCAGACAAAAGCCAUUCAGAUCUGUCGGACAUCCUGGAGGAGGAGGAGGAGGAACUCUACUCGGACCACUUCGGAGACGCACAGGCCAGGGGCUACACUGUCAGGUCCAACAUGGAGCCCAGUCAGAUCCCUCCAGCUGAGGCGGGUCCAUCGUGGGGGGUGCAAGGUGAGCCCCCUUGUAAACCAGCUUCCUCACAGGCCAGACAACUCAGAGGUGGUGUCGAUUCACCAAAAAUCAAAGCAGACGGUGACGUCCGUAUCUUUGUGGCCCUCUUCCCUUAUGAUCCCGUCGUCAUGUCACCCAAUCCUGACGCUGCUGAGGAAGAGCUGCCCUUCUCUGAAGGACAGAUCAUCAAAGUUUUCGGAGAUAAAGACGCAGACGGGUUCUACCGAGGAGAGUGUGCGGGCCACCUGGGAUACGUGCCAUGUAACAUGGUGUCAGAGAUCCAGGUGGAGGACGAGGAGACCCGGCAGCAGCUCCUGCAGCAGGGCUUCCUGUCCACAGCCGCCUCCAUGGAGAAGAUAGUGGAGUCUGCGGCGCUCUUGGAGGAGAGCUUAGACUCCUCCAGCCAAGAUCCCAGCCAGACUGCAGCUCCACCUGCCGCUCCACCUGCCGCUCCACCUGCAGCUCCACCUGCAGCCCCACCUGCAGCUCCACCUGUGGGGGGCCCGGCCCCAGGAGCUCGCAGGAUGGUCGCCAUCUUUGAUUAUGAUCCUCGAGAGAGCUCUCCCAACACUGACAUAGAGGCUGAGCUGACCUUCAGUGCAGGAGACAUCAUAAAUGUGUUCGGUGACAUGGACGAAGAUGGCUUCUUCUAUGGAGACUUGAAUGGACACAGAGGCUUGGUGCCCUCUAACUUCCUGCAGGCCGUACCAGAGGAAGCUCCUGCUCAGCCGGCACCAGACCAUAGGAAAGAACUACAGGACACCUGGACGUCUUCUACAGAGGAACAAGAUCCUGGGGCCUCAACCCUAGAAGAAGCUUUGCCCCCCCCAGCAGAACCUCCUCUCCCUGACCCAGCAGAGCACACAGACCUGCCCCCCAAACUGGCCCCCACUUCAAGCCCAGUGUCAGACCCUUCUCCUGCUCCUGCUCCUCUUCCUGCUCCAUCAGUGGAGGCCUGCGGCUCCCCUCCGGCCCCCCUCCCUGCAGACAGCCCAUCAAAGACAGACUGCUCCCCACAAGGCAAGAAGAAAAAAAGCUUUUUCUCCAAAGGCAAGAAGCUGUUCAAAAAGCUGGGAUCCAGCAAGAAAGAAUGAGUCGGCACGUCUGACUCAGAAUACUCGCGUCACAUUGAAAGCACUUUUUCUAUCUGUUAGUCUCAGUAUCUGACGGUUAUUCUUCUUUGGCCUUAGAGCACUGCUAGCAGCUGUUAACUUUAGACGACAUCAAUGUACCGCUUACAGCAUCACACGGGCAUGUCGAUGUGCAUGUCGAAGUGUGCGAAUAUAUCCUCUAAAUACCACCUAACUAUCUAAGCAUUUGCAAAUGUUCAACUCAAUAGGCUUUAACGAUCAAUAUAAAUUACUUAUUAGUCAAUGGAUCGGUUUUAUUUAUAAAAAUCUGAUAGAGAACAAGAUAGAACAGCAGACACACAGCUAAUGAAAUAUUAAAGUUCAUUUGCUGGUGCCACUUUAUUUAUUUAAAAGCAAACAGACGCAGCGGUCUAUCUUUUCUCCCUCUGUGUGACUGUUAAGAAUGCACUAUCCAUCCUGAGUGGAUGAAUUCUAAAUGUCUUUCUGCGUGUCCCUCUCAUUGUUUCUUGUCUUUGAGAGUAUUUAUACUUUGUACAGAACAUGUUAUUUAUUUGUGUCAGACGCUUGCUUUAACCACAUUGCAGGAAGUGACAGGAGGUCAGUCAUGUAGAGUGGUCACAGAUAGUUAUGAUCCAAGUGUAGUAUUAUAUUCUUUAGUAAUGGGCUUUGAGGCUAGCAGUCAUUGAAGGUAAAGAACGUGAUGUGUGUGUGUGUGUGUG